AUAGGACGGUAUAGUCGGCGGCAAAAGUUUUAAAUGACCCAUAUAUAUACAUACAUGUAACGUAUAUAAUGCAGGUGACAUACGCGGCCCUCUUUCUCGCGUCUACGCGCCACAUCGUAUAUCAACUUUGAAUACGUAUUAUUUCGAUUCGCUGAACACGCUACAAAAGAAAAAAAAAAAGAAAAAAAAAAACAGCAGAAAUGUGAAAAAAACAGAACAUGAUUCGAACGAAAAAAUUCUUUCUCCAAUAGCGAAAUCGUUAUACUCGCAAUCAGCUGGCUGACUCGUAACAUUGGCCGCCGUUUUAAUUCCUACAUGGCAAUUUAUUUUAGCAACCGCUUAACACGUUAUGUAAUGAAUUUAAACACAGUCGUUCGUUUUAACAACGACGAUGACAUUGUGUGUGAGAAUAUUCAUGCAUAUAUAUGUAACGUACGCGUGUAUUUUUUUCGACUCUAGGAUCCGCGCGCGGACUUUUCCAGGGAAUCGUCAAGCUGUAUAAACAUUGAAAACGGCGCGUUCUGUCCUAUAACGUCGAAUUAAAAUUUCACGGACUUUCCUCGUACGGGAUCGAUAUCUUCCGCACGUAUUCGCUCACGCGUCGUCUUUAUUUUUUCCCCGUAUAUUUUUUUUUUGUUUUUCUUUUUCUUCGGGUUCACGAAAAUCUGGAUGAUCUUGAGGGGCGUGCGGUAAUUAUGUUACGAGUUUCGUGAAAAAAAAAAAAAACAAAAAUAUGUAUAUGAUGACGUCAGCCGAAGAUCAAGAGCGGAGUCAUUACCCCUAGCGUCCUAUUUUCGGUCCGUCCGGAAUCUUUGAUAAGGCGUUUGGUUGUCUAGAUGUUAUGAGAAUCGCGGUCACGUGGCGUUCGGAGAUAAAGUUGCGGUUAUAUACUCAACGAUAAUUGUCUAGCGAUAACUUUAGCCCGCAGUGAUUGCAUAAUCUUAUUUUAUACACACUUGAACCGCAAGGGAGAUGCGGUAACCGCGAUUCAUAAUUCCGACCGUCGAAUUCGCGUGUCCCGCGAUGUACCAAAUAUUAUUAUCAACGCGAAUUUUUCUUACGAGAUAUAUCGCGACUUUGUUAUCAUAUCGUAAUGUUGAAAUCGUUCGUACGGAUGCCAUCCGUACAUCGUUAUAUGUAUACAUGUAUACCAAUGUAGACCGGCGAGCGAUUUUAAUGGAAGUCAAAUUUGUAUAUAUUCAUAUUGUAAUUAUUAACUUUUUUCCAUUCCCCGUUAUUUACCCCGAUCUUGAACCUCAUCGCGGAACAAUUACGGUAGUUGGAAUGACAUUUAUCACGACAUACCUGAGACGAAUAAUUUUUUCAAUUACACUAUAUGUAUAUAAUUAUAGAUAUUAUUUCAAAACACUCGUCCAUGAUGAACAGAUAUCAUUAUCAUUCGAUCGAGGAAACGCGGAUAAAUAAUUGCACGCUGUUAUUUAUUUAUUUAUUUAUUUUUUUUCUUUUAUUUCUAGUUUUAUUUCACUUUUGUUUUCUUCUAUUUCAAUCCAAUCCAAGAUCGCGUAUACAUAUAGUUGGGAAAUCUGUAUAACGUGAGAUCUAAUCUACAGUUCUUUGUUGUACGUAACGUAGGUAUACGAACGCAUGUACAUAUAUGUAAAUAUAUUCAGGAUAUUAUACAUACACGAAACCUUGAGUCACAGCUGGUAAUUAAAUAUUUUCAAAAAAUUAACCCGCGAUUUGUAUAUUCGCGAAAUUGUUGUUACGUUAUGCAAUGUGGGCCAUAUAGAUAAGACGACUGUAGACGAAAUACCGAGGAUAUUCGUUUCAAGGCCAACUUUCGGAUGCGGCAUACAUACAUGUGCCUAACAAUAAGCGUACCGCAAAACUGCUCUUAUAAAAUUUGCAUUUUUCUUUUUUUUCUGCUUUCCUGUUUUUUUUUCAAGAUCUACUUUCACGUGUGCGCAGAUUCGGCGUGCACGCGAUGAUAUAACGUAUCUGUUCACUUGAAUUAUUGAAUGAAAGAUUUUUCGCGUGAUCGAGCGUGGAGAUCGGCCGUUUGAAUUCAACGCCGCUAAUCGCUGGGGGAUCGCGUGAAAAAUAUCCCGCGAUCGAAUCCGCGCUUUAUCCGACCUACAUUCCGGUGAUUCGGAAAAUUCGAUCGAUCGAUCGAUCCGCUGGAAAAAUGGGAAGAAAAUUCUGUACGACGCCGCGGGGAGGUCGUCGAACCGAUAUACCGAAUCGCUCGAGUCGAUCGCAGGGUAUACCCGAGACAUUUUUACAAGUUGACGAUUUACCUGCACCGCGACGAACCAGCUCCAAUUGAUAAUCCGCUGCAGGCAUCGUUCGCUGUUAUACGCUACAGCGUAAUUAUUUAUUAUUUAUAGUCACUCGCAAAUCGAUUUUUUAUCGACUCCUAUUAUAGCCAUACGAUACGAGGCAGCUAUCCGUGUAUGUAUAGUUAUAUGUAUAUACCGGUGAAAUCCACGCUCGUCGUUUGCCCCGGCGUCAAUAACGCUGCUUUUGCGGUUACGCAACCUUGACUAUGUGUAGCGAUCGAACGUCCGUCCGUCAGUCGCUCGUAACCGCUGAUCUGCGCUAAUUGUAAAAUGGGCACGACUAACGCAGACACUGAAAACGGCCAUGAGAACGACGAAGCAAGUGCAGCGGGAGGCUCGAUCGAGUCGUUUUUCGCUAACGCCGUGGUCCUCGUGACCGGGGCAACGGGAUUCUUGGGAAAAGCACUACUUGAGAAAUUAUUGAGAUCCUGCCCCAGACUGGCCACUAUCUACAUACUCAUACGUCCCAAGAAAGGGCAGAGCAUCGAACAAAGGCAUAAAGAAUUAAUGGACAACCCGGUCUUCGACAGGAUAAGAUGGGAAGUUCCCGGCAACCUGAACAAGGUCAUUCCGGUAAAAGGCGACGUGGCGUUACCGGAACUGGGCCUGAGCCCGGAUGACAAAGCGAUGCUGAUCCAGAGGGUGACGGUCGUUUUCCACAGCGCGGCAACGGUCAGAUUUGACGAAUCUUUGAAAGUGGCCGUUAACCUUAACACGAGAGGAACCGAGCGCGUUGUCAAAUUAUGCAAAAGUAUGGGGAGUCUGGUUAGCAUGAUCCACGUCAGUACAGCGUACAGUAACGCCGAUCAGAAACACAUCAGGGAAUCGGUUUACGCAACCAAAAUCAAGCCGGACGCGGUUAUGGAGAUGUGCGAUUGUCUCGACGACGAGACGCUAGCCAUCUUGGAAAAGAGGCUUAUCGGAAAACACCCCAACACCUACACUCUGACGAAGGGUCUGGCGGAACAAAUAAUCGCUACGAAAGGCGCCGGCUUACCCGUAGCCAUUGUCAGACCGAGCAUCGUGUGCGCGGCUUACCAGGAACCUUUUCCUGGGUGGGUUGACAACGUGUGCGGAAUCACAGGAAUAAUGAUGGAAAUCGGCCGGGGAACCAUCCGGAGUAUCAUUUGCAACAGCGAUCUUAACGUCGAUGUCGUUCCCGUUGAUCACGUGGUCAAUACGUUGAUUUGCGCGUCUUGGCACAACGUCAUGCGUAGGCCGAAAGAGCUUCAGAUAUACAACUGCACCAGCGGUCCUUUCAAUCCGAUCAGAUGGGCCGAAUUUGGAAGCCUGACGAGAAAACACGCGAUCGAUUCUCCGUCGAAAUACGUUAUGUGGUAUCCGGGUGUUACCUUUAGAACGAAUAAAUUAAUCCACAAGAUGAUGGCCGGAAUGCUGCACUUUUUGCCCGCCUUUGUACUCGACCUCGUCUUGAGGAUUCAAGGCGGUAAUCCUAUAAUGAUGAAAAUCACCCGACGAUUCGAGAGAGCAGCUAAAACUGGUGAAUUUUUCGCCGUCAACGAGUGGCUAUUCGAUGGGGAAAAUAUGAAAAAUCUUGCCAAAGAUGUGAAGACAACGAGUGACGCGAACGAUUAUUACGUUGACAUAUCGAAUUUGGAUUGGGAUGCGUACGUCCACCAAUAUAUUCUUGGAAUUAGGAAAUAUAUCUUGAAAGACUCACCGGACACUCUCACCAAGGCCAGAAGUCGACUUUUGAAACUUUACUGGGCCCAUAGGAUAACGCAGGCGUUCAGUUUUUUCGUAGUAAUAAAAAUGAUAACAAAAGCCGGUCGGUGAUAUUCGUCAAAUAAGAAAAUAAUGAAUUGAAUUUCGAUUGAUCGACGCUACCGGGAUUCUUUAUACUUUACGCACUUUAUAGCCGCAUGAUUCGCAAAGACGUGUACUUUAAUGAGAUGUCAUUCUAUAAACUUGUGCAUUGUUCAUUCAAUAGUUGGCUUUAUGGUACAGGAUAUAUUCAUAAUUUUCCAGUCGGAAAUCAUAAAGUAUUUUCAAAGCGACGUGGCAGACGUUUGAAGUCCGUAACGUUGCAUACGUGAUAUGUGAUAUCAUAACAAUGUUACCAUUUCGCGUCAAUUCGUACAUUAUUCCGUUUCCAUUUUAUUACCAUCUUUUGUCUUAUUCUUAUUAAGUUAUCUUUUCUGUUGUACCAAUGGUAGCGUAUCGGCUACACAUCGAGACGAAAUGAAUGUCUAGGUAGAAAUAUAAUAUCCUUAAGAAUAUUAUAUUUAGAAUAAAUGUUAUAAUGUCUAUUAUCAAUUAUGAAAUUGAAUUCCCAGCUCAGGCAUUCCGCGGAAUGCCACGCCACUCGAAGUAUUAGGAUAAUUCAAAUUAUGAUCUAUCGUCAUACAAAUAAUACGAUUAGAGGAUGAUUAUUUAUAAUAAUUAGUUAGCCCAAUAAAUGAGAUAUCGUUAUUUAAAAUUUUAAAUAAAAAAACAAAGAAAAAACGAAUCAAAACCUGCCACUGUAAUAAUUAUUGUGUAUCAUUUACUGCGCGGGAACAUAGGUAUAUUAACUUAUAGAACUAAAUGCCUGUCCAAUUUUUGUACUUUUUCAUAUAAGUCAAGAAGGUCUUUAUAACUGACUACGAUUUUGUGAUAAAUAUAUAACUGUCCAACAAUAGUAAUACAUGGUGAAUUAGAAUGAGGGUAACCAUUUAUAAAUACCUACAUUAUACUUAAUAUGUGAACGUAUGGAUGGUGGGCGCAAUUUUUAAUACAUAUUGUAUAUUGUAUACUACGGAUUUCUGCAUACGAAGUAAGGCCUUUUUGAUGUUAAAAAUAUGUUGCAGAAUAUAUUUAAAAAAUAUUACAUACAUUCAUAGGUAUUUUCGUUAGUUACACAAUAAACAUACGUUUAAUACGGACACUGUAUUAUUUUCUUAAUAAUGAAUAAGAUUUUCCUGUAAAAUUUUAUAGCAAAUGUAAAUAUGUACGAUACAUAAAUCGCAUAUACUCUUGAAGUGUGAUUGGCGUUGAAUAAAAUAUCAUUUUGAGAACCGCUGGUA